AUGGCGUCUUUCACUGUGACAGAACAUCUUGUUGAUGGCCAAUACAUCCGGGAAUAUCCCCGAUCGACAGCCACCCAAGAUGCCCGCUUGAAAUUGAGCGUCAAAAAAUACACGCCAGUCGAUAACCCGAAUCCCCAACCGGGCGAUGUCACGAUUAUCGGAACCCAUGGAACUGGCUUUCCCAAGGAGAUGUACGAACCACUGUGGGAAACACUGUUGGCACGCAGUAAACAGGACGGAUUCCGGAUUCGCGCCAUUUGGGCCGUCGACGUGGCCAACCAAGGAGCCAGCGGUGUGCAUAACGAGCAGCAUUUGGGUAAUGACGCUUCAUGGCUCGAUCACAGCCGCGAUCUGUUGCAGAUGAUCAACCAUUUUCGAGAUGAGAUGCCCCGACCGAUAUUUGGUGUUGGGCAUAGCGUCGGUGCCACGCAACUGGCAUUCCUCUCCCUCGUCCAUCCCCGCCUGUUCACCUCCCUCCUUUUCAUCGAACCAUACAUAGUGCCCAUAAUGCAACCGGCCGGCGGCGCAAAGAGAAUCAAGGCGACUACCCGCAGAAAGGAUAUCUGGCCCUCGCGAUCUGCAGCUGAGCAGGAGGCGCGCAAGUCCCUUCGAAUCUGGGACCCGCGGGUAGUCGAUCGAUGGGUGCAGUAUGGAUUCCGUGAUCUGCCCACGCUCAUCCACUCGCAACCGACAACAAAUUCCCCAGAUGAAGGUCCUCCCGUCACGUUAACCACCACGAAACACCAAGAAGCUUUCGUAUACACCCGCGCGAACUUCAAUCGACACAGGCAACUCGGUCUACCCGACCAGGAGGGCAUUGAAAAAGCAAAUGGGCCUAGACCACCACACGACCCACUCACUGUGCCAGACAUGAUCGGGCAAAUGUAUGCGGGCCAAACAUUCUACCGCCCCGAAGCAGUCCUGGCCAUGCAGUUGGUGCCAUUUCUUCGACCGCCCGUCCUGUAUGUCAGUGGUGCUAAAAGCGCUCUAACACUGGAAGGGGGACAGGUACAAGCAGCGCAACAAACGGGGACUGGGUUUGGAGGAAGUGGUGGUAUGGAAUAUGGCCGAGUAAAACACAUCAUCAUCGACCGGUCGGGGCAUACGCUGCCGUUCGAGAAGGUCAGUGCAACGGCCGAUGCGCUGGGGCCGUGGCUUGGCCAACAGUUGCAGCAGUGGAAGACUGACGAAAGACGGAUUGCCGAGGGAUGGGAAAGCCUGUCUUUGAAGGAAAAGUCAACAUGGUCAGAAGAGUGGAGGGCCGCCUCGGAUGCUUGGUUUGAUGCCUUUGUCAAGAAGAAGUCGAGUUCGAAGUUGUGA